UGGGGCGCGGCGAGAGCGGAGAGGCUGCUCUUGGUGCUGCUGCCUAGCCCCACGCCCAUGUCCUCUAGCUCCUCCACCAUGGUGUCCGUCACGAUGGCAACAUCCGAAUGGAUUCAGUUUUUCAAGGAAGCUGGGAUCCCCCCGGGCCCCGCCGUCAACUAUGCUGUCAUGUUUGUGGAUAACAGGAUCCAGAAGAACAUGUUGAUGGAUCUGAACAAGGAGAUCAUGAACGAGCUGGGCAUCACAGUGGUGGGAGACAUUAUCGCCAUCCUCAAACACGCCAAAAUCGUGUACAGGCAGGAAAUGUGCAAGGCAGCCACCGAAUCCCUCUGCCCCAGCUCCCCCAACAUUCAAGCCGAGCUGCGCCGCAACACCAACAGCGCUGACAAGAUGGACGCUUGUCGUACUCGCCGAAGCCCCUUGGAGUUGAAAACCUCUCCCUCACCGCGCCAUCCUCCCCUUCCAGCCGCCAGCCGGAUGAUUGCCAACAGCUUGAGCAGAGACUCGCCUCCUGCCACCCUCCUCCGACAACGGCCCCACACCUCCAAAAUCUCCGUCACUGUCUCUAACAAACUGGCCGCCACAAAGGCAGGUUUAUGCAACACAGCAGAUGAAACUCCAACGAUCCCAGUAAAACGCCGCCGGGUGACGGCGGAAAUGGAAGGGAAAUACAUCAUCAACAUGCCCAAGGGCACCACACCAAGGACAAAGAAAAUCCUGGAGCAGCAAGCGGCCAAAGGUCUGCAGAGAACAUCCGUCUUCGACCGGCUGGGAGCUGAGGCAAAAGCGGACACGACCACGGGAGGGAAGCCCACGGGGGUCUUCAGCAGACUGGGUGACGCCUUGGGGACCGAUGGGGACAAAGCCACUGAGAGCGAUGACGACUGCUCUGUCCUCCAAUAUGCCGGCGUCCUAAAAAAACUCGCCAAGCCUCCCCGUAAGGAAAGCGCCAAGCCGGGAGGGACCAUCAAGGCGAAAGCCACCAGUUCGGAAGCCAAACCGGUCACCGUCACCACCGCCAUCCAGCGGCUUGGUCACAGAAAUGCCACCGGUAUCCGUACGGCAGUGAAACCGCAACUGGCAGCAUCCAAAAUCGGCGUCAUCAGUAUUGCCGCGGUGCCUGUUGAAGCCCAGGACGACGAUGUUACCAGCACGAAGGAUAAAAGUGAACCCGAAUUUCGGGUGACAAUCAAAAGGACCUGGGGGUGCGGGAAGGUGAGCAGCACUAACGAGACCCCCGGCGCUCAGAUGGACAGUGCUGGCACCGUUAGCGUCUUUAAACGGCUGGGGAAGAAACCGGAUUGAUCCUGUGGCGCUUCUUCCUGCACCAGAUGGAUCAUCUCAACAGUUUUCCGCUUGUCCCGUCCCCUCCUGAUGGUCACCCGCUGUCCCCCAUCCCAUUUAUUCACGCUCAAGAACCGGCAGUCUCAUCCUGCCUUCCUCCUCACUAAUCCCACGAGGAAACAAUGCCAAUCCCAUGGGGAGAUGCUUAAUCCCACGGGGAAGGGCUUAAUCCCACAGGGAAACUAAUCUCAUGGGAAAACAGCAGAGGGAAGAGGGGAAAAGCCUUUCCUGAUGGAUUUCUUGCCUGCUGGGCAUCCCUGCCUGCCCCUGGCCGCAAAGCCGGCAGGUGCGAGGCCAAAUCAUUGCUCUCCAUCUCCUACCAGCACCAAAAUGUCUUUUUUUUCUUCCCCUAUUUUUCCCUCCUCUGCAGGUUCUUUCCUUUAUUCAGGAAUUUGGACCUGGAGAACUCCACACAGAGGGGUUUUUCGUACCUCUGCAGGGUUUUUUUCCCUGCAUUUAUGAAUUUGCACCAAAACAAUUCCGUAAAUAGUCAUUACGGAGUGGCGGCUUGCUGCGGGGAUUCUUAAUCUUUAAGGAUUUUGGAGCAGCCACCAAAAAAAAACAACCCAAAAGCUUCAAAAAAACUCCUCGGAGGCUCAAAAAAUCCAAAAAUUGCCUUAAUUUAAAGCAACACCUUCAGUCUCCCGCUCGCAGUUUUAGGCUCGAGCUCAUCCCGCUGCAAAAUCUAAAAUGGCCGCCGUGGAGUUUUACCAAAAUUAUUGCUUUUCCCCCAAAUUUGUUUCCCCCCAAAUUUAUUUCUGACGUCACCGGGGGUGUCUUCCCCCCGCACCUGUCCGGCAAUGCUGCAAACCUUGAAAAGGCAUUUUUUAAUCCACAAAAUAAAGACAGUGGGGGUGGAGGCAGCUGCGUGGUGAUUCAGGGCCAGGUGGUCUUUUUAAUAAGAAAAACCACUGAUUUCUUUAUUUUACCCUAUUUUGGGAGGUUUUCUUUGUGCUUCUGGCGUUGUUUGGCGUGUGAAAAUGAGUGGUUUUUCCCAAUUUUCGGCUUUCUACAUCACCCGCCAGCCUGCGGGGGAGCUUUUUGCAAUAAAGUGUGGAAACAGC